AGAGAACGGCAGCAAAUAUCGAAAGCACAGGGAACAUAAAAUGAAUCCAACUAUUAACAAUCCACGUUCCCCAUUCACCCGCUCGCGGGGUAUUUUCGGAUCCAUGGGAUCCUUCGUCUUUACCGACCAGCAGCAGCAGCAGCAGCAGCAGCCGGGGCUGCAGGUCCCCCCGAAGGUUCCGCCGACAAGAAUGGACUCAAUGCGAUGCCCUUCCUAGGCCAAAUCCACACCAGUCCUCUGCUGUCCCGCCCAAUGGGUCCAAUAGGUCACGCUCACCGCCCCACCUUCCCUCCGAUGGGGGAUUCAGAUGGAUUCAAUGCUGUGCCACAGAUGGCUUCGAUGGGACCACCGCCCGUGUUGAGCACCCUCUGGACAGGCGGCGCUUCUCCGGACAGCCGCGGAGACUACUACGACGACCCCCACGAAGAGUACUCCGACUGCCGCUACGAGGGCGACUACGAGGGCGACUACUCGAUGCCCACCGAGGAGGACCAAGAGGAGGAGUCGUGCUCCUGUUAGAGCCAGACCUGUCAGAGCCAGAGCGAGUUCAGCUCGAUAGAGCGCACCGAGUCGGACUCGGAG